CCCUCCCUGUCUCUCUCCUCCACGCCUCCUCCGUGCUGCUGAUCCGCGGGGUGUCGGUGCGCUCAGACGCGCUCGGCGUUCAGACUCGUAAGGACCCCGAUGGCCCCUAACCAGAGGGACUGCGCUAACAAGACGACCAGCCCAGGCUUCAAGCUCCCCUAGCGAAGGCAGGACCCCGAGAGCCUGCUCCUGGAAUACCGCAUUGUUUUGUAAUUUCCAACAAGAGAGAGAGAGAGAGAAAGCGGAUGAUGCUGAUGAUGCGCCCGCGAUGGUGGAUUUCCCUUUUGUGCGUCUGUGGAUUGAUGCACGUCGGUCAGCAGAGCAGCCCUAAUGCCCAAAAUGGAGACGCCUUGUCGAGCUUGAAGGCUCUUCGUGAUGCGGGCAGGUUUGUCGGGAAGGAGGACACGGUGCCUCUCCGCCUGCUCUACAGCAGGCACAACCACAGCCAGAUCACCGAGGAUGAGCUCAGCACCCGGGUUAAAGCCAGCUCCGGCUCCACACAGGUGAACCAUGUGGCCCAAGCAAGCUUUCAAGUCGACGCUUUUGGCAGAAAAUUCCUCUUGGAUGUGGAACUGAACCAUGAUCUGCUGUCAUCAGGGUACGUGGAGAGGCAUUUGUCAGAGAAAGGGAAGACUGUCGUCACCAGUGGAGGAGAGCACUGCUACUAUCAGGGGAAGGUUAGAGACAUUCCUCACUCCUUUGUGGCUGUCUCAACCUGUCACGGAUUGUAUGGGAUGUUUUUCGAUGGCAAUCACACCUACAUGAUUGAACCUGGAGGACAGGGCAACAGCAAUGGAGGCAUUCACAUGAUCUAUAAAUCUGCAGGGCAUGAGGGAUUUAAUGAUCUCCUCAGUGGUGAUUUUCCAGAGCCGCCUUUUCCCAGUCCUCCAUUUCCCGGGUCAAGAGUUGUUCACAGGAGAAAAAAGAGACAGGCUCCACAUGAGUCACACAAUGUAGACGAUGAGAUCAAAUACAUUGAGUUGAUGGUGAUCAAUGACCAUUUAAUGUACAAGAAGCAUCGGCUUUCCGUUGGACACACGAAUAACUAUGCGAAGUCAGUCGUCAAUAUGGCUGACAUGAUUUUCAAGGAACAGCUUAAUACCCGGAUUGUGCUGGUUGCGAUGGAAACAUGGGCAGCCGACAGUAAGUUCAACAUUGACGACGACCCCAUGGUGACGCUGAAGGAGUUCAUGAAGUAUCGAAAAGACUUCAUCAAGGAGAAAUGCGACUCUGUUCACCUCUUCUCAGGGAAUCGUUUCCAUAGCAGUUGGGGUGGAGCUUCCUAUAUGGGAGGCGUUUGUGCUCUGACUAAAGGAGGGGGAGUCAAUGAGUACGGGAAAACAGAUGAGAUGGCCAUAACCCUCGCUCAGUCUCUUGGACAGAACGUUGGCAUCUUCUCUGACAAGAAGAGGAUCCUCAAUGGCGAGUGCAAGUGUGAUGACCGUUGGUCGGGCUGUAUCAUGGAUGAUGUUGGUUUCUACCUGCCCAAGAGGUUCUCUGACUGCAAUGUGGAGGAGUACCAUACCUUUCUAAACAGCGGUGGAGGAGCCUGUUUGUUCAACAAACCUCUGAAGCUUUUGGACCCUCCGGUGUGUGGAAAUGGCUUCGUGGAGCCAGGAGAGGAGUGUGACUGUGGCAGCCCAGCGGAGUGUGCCAGCGAGGGGGAGGCCUGCUGCAACAAGUGCACUCUGACCCAAGGCUCCAAGUGUAGCAAUGGACUCUGCUGCAACAAAUGCCAGAUGGAGUUCAUGGGAGUUGUGUGCAGAGAUUCAGUGAACGGCUGCGACAUCCCAGAAAACUGCACAGGCAAUUCCAGCCAGUGUCCACCAAAUGUGCACAAGAUGGAUGGCUACACAUGUGAAAAGGACCAGGGUCGCUGCUUCAAUGGAAGGUGCAAAACCAAAGACAGACAGUGCAAGUACAUUUGGGGCGAGAAGGCAACAGCGGCUGACAAGUUCUGUUACGAGAAGUUAAACAUUGAAGGGACAGAGAAAGGCAACUGUGGGAAGGACAAGGACACCUGGAUCCAGUGUAACAAACAGGAUGUUCACUGCGGGUACCUGCUGUGCUCCAACAUCUCACCUGCCCCGCGACUGGGAGAGCUGCAGGGAGGGAUGACCUCUUUCUCAGUCGCCCGGCACAGUGCUUCUCUUGAGUGCAGCGGGGCUCACGUGCUGAUCGAUGGAGACACUGACCUGGGAUACGUCGAGGAUGGGACCGCCUGCGGGACAGACAGCAUCUGUUUUAAUCACAAAUGUCUCCCCAUCCAACAGUUAAACUUCAGCACCUGUCCCGGGACCACUGACAAGAUCGUCUGCUCGGGACACGGGGUGUGCAGUAGUGAGCUGAAGUGUGUGUGUUACCUGGGAUGGGCAGGAGAGGACUGUAACUCGACGUCUCCUCUCAGUUCUCUUGUGGCCGGACCCACUGCUUCAGUCUCAGGUAUCAGCAGUACCAACAUCAUCAUCGGGGCCAUCACAGGUUCCAUCCUCGUCCUCGCCCUCAUACUGGCUACGACAGCCUGGUGUUACAAGAGCUACAAGCAGAGAUGCUAUGUUGAGUCUGAAGUUCACCGAAGAUUCUGCCGGCAAUUGGCCCCAGGUGACUAUGUAACAAAGCCUGGGGAUGCCGACUCCUUUUACAGUGACAUGCCUCCAGGUGUCAGUACAAACUCUGGCUGCAGCUCCAAGAAGAGAUCUAAUGGACUAUCCCACUCGUGGAGCGACAGAAUCCCAGAUGCCAAACACAUCUCUGACAUCUGUGAAAAUGGGCGACCGAGGAGCAACUCAUGGCAAGGAAAUCUGAGCGGUAAUCGUAAGAAACUGAAAGGAAAGAAGUUCCGUGCUCGUUCCAACUCCACAGAGACGCUAUCCCCCGCCAAGUCUCCCACUUCCUCUACUGGAUCUAUUGCAUCCAGCAGGAGAUACCCGUACCCCAUGCCCCCUCUCCCCGAUGACCAGAGGAAAGCCAACAGGCAGAGCGCCAGGCUGUGGGAGACUUCAAUAUAACAGCCUUCUUACCCACCCAGUCCUCAAGGAACUACACUCGUCUCUCCUUUUCUAUGAAUGAAACACAUAAAAAUGAAACAAAAUUGACUCUAAGCGAUUGAAGAGAAAGAGAGAGAGAGCCCCCCACUGGAGUGGAAAUAGGCAAAGGUGUGUGUGAGUGAGUGUGUACAAGCAUCUCCGAGGCUGUCUUGCCAGACGGCUUCAUUCGGCAGAUCUCUACAAGACAAUGCAGAGUGCCGGCGGAGAAACCAUCUCCACAUCCACUCCAGAACAGCUGGAGCUCAGACUGAGCUGUUCCUGUCUGCUCAGGCCUCAACUAUAGGACUGGAAACCCCCUCUACUCCAACCCCUUUACCUGUCCUCAAACAUCUGCACCACCUUUACAUCCUCUCUUCAUACCCCCCCCCCUUGCUAGUUGUUUCUAGCAAGAAGAAACCAGGAGCAGGUCAUCGUAUCACACUGCAUCUCUGGAUUUGUUGGAUCAUUUUGACGCACGUGAAUCACUGUAGAAACUCCAACACUGUAUGCAUGAGUCAACCCUGUUUAUCAGCAACCUCCUCCUACUGAAAAGACAAGAAGAACAGUGGUCCAAUCUGAGAAGAAAGCAUGCGAGGGGGCAGUGAUUUUAAUACCUUCUGUAGGCUUAAAUGCUUUCUCACCACUAUAGGUAACCCAUAUUGUAUCACCAGUUAAUGCCCAUAACCCAUGACAUGGACCCAACCUGACCCGUCCUGCCCUUCCUCCCUUCAAUAUGUUUGUGCGUGUGUAAAUAUGUACAGUAAAAACACACACAGAGUAUGUUUUUGCUUUUACUUUGAAAGAGGAAAAGAUUGAGAAUUCUCUUCCUGCCGCAUUGUGUCGUAGGCAGAAGUGGAUCUCUGUAGAUCAGCGUAGGAGACCCCGCACUCGUUCUUCUGUCUGUUUCUAUCCCUCUGGCUUUUUCCUGUGUGACUGUGAACUCUAUAGCUUUUUCCAUCCACAGCAGAAUGUAAACGUGUUUUUAUAUUAUCUUAACACUAGUUUCCAUCCAUCUCUGGGGGAAAUACACAGACAUCCAGUAAUGACUGAGGGAAGUAUCGAUACAAAUGUUGAUCAUGGCACAUUAAAGAUGCUGCUGGAAGUGGUUGUUGAUGAAUAUUAUUUAGGAAAAUUUAAAUAGUUUUAUGUGUUUGAUGUAGUUGUAGAUGUGCCACUUUUCACCCAUGGUAGUUUUUGGAAAUUUCAAAUUGAUAAUAUUAAGAUGUUAGUUCCCCCUUGAUUCUACAUUCGGGUGUUGGGGACCAGUGUGCUCCCAUUGUCACUGUGGCAGCACAUGAAGUCGCUCAGAUGAACGUGAGAACAAGAAUAACUUGAGUGCAGUUAAUUACCUUACUUGUGCGAGGAACCUGGAAACUGAUGGAAAUGUGCAUUUUGGAUUUAGCCGUAAUGAUUGAGAUAUUUAGCCUUGUAAAUGAUUAACUAUGCUGUACAGUGCUUGCUGUUUAAGCUUGUGAAGACCAACAGCAUGACAGUUCUAUAAUCAAAUGAUUUUAUUUCUCUGGUAGGCUAUUUGUGAGACCAUAACGGGAAACAAGCAUGUCACUGAAAGACUUUUCCGCCCCAUUGCCUUUUUGCUGUCGUCUAAAUGGGUGAGUGUUCCACAGACUACACUGCUUGUCAGCAAAGUCGGGGCAAUUUAUGGCAGGAUGUUUAAAAAUGAUUGAGAAUGGACUUUUAGUGCUGAUGUGAAGCCAGUGUAGCUAUUUAAGGUUGAUUUUCUUGGAAACUGCUCCCAUCUCACUCCCCAAAAGCAAGUCCUUUGUACAGCUACAACUCAUUGUUCUACCUUGUGUAGAAAUUGUUGUCUUAAGGCCUCCUGUUAAGUCAUUUUACUGUUGUUUAGUUGUUGUUCCGGUGUGGGCACGUAUUCAUUUGUAAUUCAUGUAUGCGUUAGGACUGUAUAGUUAAUACGAUCUUCACAGUAUUGAACUAAUGUUGCUACUAUUAUCUUUUUUUAUUAAGUACUUUUGUAAUGUUCACUUCUUUCUCAGCGUUAUGUACAGCAACGAUUCAAACAGUAAUUAAGUGCAUUAUUGUAAUUAUGUGUGUUGAUGAGUUUGAAUGGAGACCAUUUUUUUUAAACACAUUUGUCCUGAGGGCCAAUAGAAGCAGUCGUUCCUUUGGCAUGUGCUAAUCUGUAUCAUAUAAGGUUUGGACACACGUAAUGUUGUGAAUGAGAUCUAUAUGGGCUCAUGAUUUGCCUUCUACCAGAGCUUUCUUCUUUGCUCUGGUCUUAAAGUAUUUGUCAGUGUCGAGUGGCCCAGUCAUCUUCCUGGGCUACACCAAGGCAUGCGGAGAGCAUUAUCUCAGAGCUUUGAGUAAUAAUUUUAACAUCAUAAUACUGUGCAACAGCGAAACAUUUCUCCUGGUGUUAUGUACAUUGCACUAUGAGGACUCUCCGCUCAGGAUGGGACCACCUGGACUGCAGUCAAUCCUCCGAACAUAUCUGCUGCGUCUGCCUGCGCACGGUCGGACUGACGGAUCACAACAGGACCACUCUGGCAAAACAUCCCCUCAGAUGAGCCAUCUGUCUCCAUCUGGCCAGAGACUCGAAUGUAUUCAUGUACCACCCAGUCUCAACCAUGUGGUCCCAUUCUGCCAGACACAUCAGCACUCUGCUGCAGGAACUUUGAAAAAACCCACAUGUACUAGUUCAACUCUAAACACUGCAGUUGCUGUCUUUUUUAAUCUUUAUUUUUUAAUUUUGCCUGAAUGCUGUACAGACUGAUAAUGCAAAAAUCAAUCCCCAUAUUUUUUUUCUUUUAAUCAUUCAGUAUUGUAAUAUAUUUAAUAUAAAAUAAAACUUUCAUCAACA